AUGACUGACACGCCCGCGCCUCGCAAGAAAGGCCGGUCACAAACUCAACUACAAAGCAAGUUGGAUCUGACUCAAGGAAUCCAGAGACACCGAAAGCAGCUUCGCAUCGCGCAGCAAGCAUAUCGCAAGAGAAAAGAAACCACGAUUGUCAAUCUGCAAGCUCGCGUACAGGAACGCGAGUCGGGCAUCGAGGAGCUCAGCGAGUCGUUCCUUUCCUUCAGUAAUCUUCUGUUCGAGGCUGGGAUUCUCGAAAAUCAGCCUCGUCAAUGCGUGUCGCUUGCCAAAAGUUGCUGCGACGAGGCCGAACAAGCAUCUGCAGCCCCGGCGGACAUAUCGCCAUCGACAUCUCCCACGCUCAGCGAUACACAAGAUAUAAUCUCAAAUUACAAUCCGCUCCCAACACAACUUGAUUCAUUGCCAAUAAUCGGUGACGCUUUCCAGUACUCGUCGGACCUCGCAGCUCAAUGGCCUGGGCUAUCGCAACUACCCCCCACACCACCCUACCAAGGACAAGCAAUUCUACCGUUCGGAAUAGGCUUGUCGCCUCCGAAUAUCUCCUUCUCAUCCAUCCCCGGUCCCAGCUUGAAUUUCCCGACAACAGUAUCGCCCGAGGAUCUCUUAAAGCAAGGGAGCUGGACACUCUCACACCGUCUGGUCCAACAAUGCUGCGACAUUGGAUACCAUCUAUUAACAAGCUCGUCUGGAGACAAUCCAAGGGUCAAAGCAAUCUUCGGCAAACGAUUGACCGUCGACGAGCGCAACCGCUUGAUCUCCGGAUUCUUCGCCGUCAUGCACGACGAAAUAGGAGACACGAUCGAGUUGAGAACAACAGUUCUCAAUUCAAGAAGGAAGAGCUACUCGUCUGAACAACUCGCCGUUUCCUCUCGAACGUGGCAAAUUGUUAUUAAAUCGGGUGCUGAUGAGUGGAUGGACGCGAGUGGUGUGCAAAGGCUGCUACAAGAGCGAGGGAUUUGUAUUCAUGACCCGAGCUUGCCCUGGUCCAGUCCCCGGUCCAAUUCGGCACCGCAGCUCAACGCCGCGAGCUUCAUUAAAUCUUUUCGAAAGCGCGAUGUUGAGAAUGCCAUUCGCCUUGCAAGUCUUGAUGGUCCUUGGGCGUUUAAUGCUGUGUGCGAAAUACUAUGA